UUCGAGAACCUCAAGAGUAACUCAAACUGAAAUGUCUUGAAUUUCGUAGUAAAUAUUAUUGUUUCGUGAUAAGACAGUUUGACGUGGCGGUGUUCACCACAUCAGUAUAAACAAACAAAAACGUGGGUGCAAUAUAAAUGGUUCAGCUGCAGUUUCAGAUUGCGAACUCAACCGCAUAAUGCAAGUGAUAAGACAAACAUUUAAAUUUCGAUCAGCUGGAACUAUCUGCUAUUCAUUUGCCAGACCACUCUUAACGGGAGGAUUACCGUCCACAGGAGAUCAGAAGGGGAACCGACGAAAAAAGUAUACGAAUGAUUCUGGUAAAGGUAAACUGUUUGGUUCGAUUGCUUCUUUGUCGGGACUUUUUACGGGGUUACUGUUAAGCACACCUGGUGGUGACGAUGAUGUGGACAAACGAAGAACGCUCUCAUUAUUACCAACUGUCUCGGCCUUUACCCACAAAGAUCUAAAAGGACGCCGAGCUAUGUAUAAUUUUAUAGCUGAUGUGGUUGAUGUCUCAGCCCCAGCGGUGGUAUACAUUGAGAUUAAGGAUACACGACACUACGAUUUUUUCUCCGGCCAACCGGUGACGGUUUCCAAUGGAUCCGGAUUUAUAAUUGAACAGGAUGGAUUAAUUUUGACUAAUGCUCAUGUAGUGAUUAGUAAACCGAAUGCGCUUGUUACUGUGAAAUUACUAGACGGUCGAACUUUUCCUGGAGCAGUUGAGGAUGUGGAUCCGAACUCAGAUCUUGCAACGGUACGGAUCAAAUGCCAAGAUCUGCCCGUUAUGAAACUCGGUAAAUCAUCGGAGCUAAAAUCAGGAGAAUGGGUAGUGGCUCUGGGAAGCCCACUUGCGCUUAAUAACACAGUGACCGCGGGUGUAGUUAGCUCUACUCAACGUCCCUCGCAGGAGCUGGGAUUGCGUGGAAAAGAUAUUAACUAUAUUCAGACAGAUGCAGCAAUUACUUUUGGUAAUUCAGGAGGCCCACUGGUAAAUCUUGACGGAGAAGCGAUUGGCAUCAACAGCAUGAAGGUAACACCAGGCAUUAGUUUCGCCAUUCCUAUUGACCACGCUAGAGAGUUUUUGCAAAGGGGAGCAGACAGAAGAAAGGCGAAAGGAUACAGUACAGAAAAGAUCCCGGUGAGACGAUAUAUGGGUAUCACAAUGCUAACGUUGACAGCGGAAAUUUUGAGAGAACUGCGACAGCGUAGUCUGAACGUCCCAGAAACCGUACAAAACGGGAUUCUGGUGUGGAAGGUUAUUCAAGGAUCACCAGCACACGUAGGCGGUCUUUAUCCGGGCGACAUUAUCACUAGUAUAAACAACAAGCCGGUAAAAAACUCCGCCGAUGUUUAUGAGCUGCUGGCGGGCAAGGACCGUGUCCUAGUAAUUAGCAUCUACCGUGGAGUAGAGAAGAUGUCUAUUAAGGUGAAGCUGGAAGAUUCAGAAUGAAUAACGAACACAAUAGCAUUUAUUUGACAAUGUAUAAUUUAACUGUAAAUAUAUGAACUUGUAAAAAAUUUAAA